AUGCUAGCGCCCACAAAGCUGUUCCCAGUGCUCUGCCUGCUGGUUGGUUGGAGCAACUUGCUGCUCGCCCAGCACCUGCUCAUCGCGCGUCCGCAACGCUCGCUGUAUGGCAGCGCCCCGCUCGGUUGGAAUACUAUUGGUGGUGGUGGCAUCAAUCCGAUUGGAUUGGGACACAUGAGCAAGGAUGAAUUGCUGACGUUGCUGGAUGCCUGGCGAGAGGUUGAGGGCGAUACCCAUAAGCCGGCUGAGGAGGAGCCAGAGCCGGAACCAGAGCAACCAUCUGCACCCCCACCACCACCACCACCACCACCAUCGCCACCAGCACCCCCUGCCCAGCCACAACGUCCUGCCUCUAGCCAUCCACUGACCGUACGCCUGCCCGCCUUCGUGCCCAUACAGCUCUCCGCUAUGUACACAGCACCUCAAGCUGGUGUUGGUGGUGGUACCGGUGGAGGCUUUGCCGAGCUCAGCGGCAUCUCUGCGCCCGGAGCGUCAACUGCACCGGAGGCAGCUCACCGAAUCUUCCGCUUUAUGCCCUUGCCAUUGGGAGCUGUCCCGCCAGCUGCGCAUGCGCAUCCGUUCGUGGUACGCAACACGCUGGACAGCGUCGAUGCGGGCACCUCACCCACUGCCAAUCGGGUAAAGCCGAAGGUGAAGACUGCGGGCAGCAACAGCGGCCCCACCACAACUACAUUCUCAGUGCCCGCCUCCCCUCCCAUCAGACCGCGAUUUGUGAUGGCCCCACCACCAGCACCUUUUCUGGGGCGUUUACCGGCUCCCUUGGAGCUAGUUCCCUCAUCGCAGCUACUAAGCAAUUGGCACUAG